UUCGGCUGGUCCAUUAUUCAUCAUCACCAUGGUGUCUGCUCCCAACACCACUGUGGUUAGGACAUGCUAAAACUGCGGGGAUCCAGGUCACUUUGGCCGUUGGUGCCCCCACCCACGACCUACUAACCCUCAAACGGCGAUAGUUCCUGCACACAAUUCACCGCUAACACUUCCUUCUAGUUCGUCCGCGGCAACAUCGAUUGCUUCGACUGUACCGAAUUUGUUGACGGUAGGACAGUAUGCGAAGGGCUACGGGUGGCACCAGACCAAGCAGCGGCUGGAGUACCUAGCGCAGGCGGUCAUCGAAAUGAAGAUCAGGCACGACGCGGAAGUGGAGAAAGAGAAGAAGAGAGCGGCAGACGAAGAGAAAGUAAAGAAAGAGAAGGAAGAAGAAGCGAAGAGAGAACAGGAGAGGAAGAAUCAGGAGGAGUUCCAGAAAGAGCUCAAAGACUCGGUACAACAGCAGUUGGCGGGUGUCGUUGAACUGGUCCAGGGCAAGAAGGGAGGAGUCAAGAUAGAUUCAUAGGUUGAGACGUUGAAAAAGGAAAUAAAGAGAUUGAAGAACACACGGUGUAAGGCGUCCACAAGUACGAACAAGGUCUGCCUGCAGGAGAAUAGUGACGGGCUGAUCGCAAAGAUGUUGGCAGAGCAGGAAAAAAUGAGAGUGCAAUUGGAGGAGGCUGUAUCGACGAGACAGCGGUUGGAACAAAUUGAGAAGGAGAUGAGAGAGGUGAACAUGGCGAGAGAUGACGCUAAAGCGGAGGCGGAGAGAUGGCAGCAGGAGGCCCUAAGGCCUGGUAACAAACGCGGGUGCAUCUCAUUGACCACUCCGGCUUCUAGAACAUCCGUACGGCCGCCAGCAGGGACUCUGGGGAAAUCCCCAGCUAUUAUCGAUUACAAGAGCAUGGUGGAGAUGCAUCGAAUGGAGGUCGAAACAAUCGAAGUCAAUGCAAGGAGGAAGGCGGAACAAGAAUUGGAAAGGAUGAAGGAAAAGAUGCUAUCAAUGGAGAAACAGAAGGAGAAAGGCCGUGAGACACCACGGUCAAACUUACGCAUUCGUAUGGAGGAAGUGGCGGUGGAGAAAGUUACCGAGCACAACUUACCAAUCACGAGCGCAUCCAAAGUAACGGACAAGGAGGCAUUUAUUCGUGAUAAUCAUAAAACACUGAAACUGCUUACGAAGGAUGGAUUGACGGCGAUCUGCGAGAAGGAAGGCGUGAAGUAUGCAGGGGUCAAACAAACAGUGGAAGACAUUAUUGCGCGUCGAGUUGCAGUGGCUUUUCCAGAAGCCAAGAAGGCGGUCGUUGAUGUGUCUGAAGACCUGGCAGAUGCCGGGGGAGACUCCUCUACUUCUUAGGGUCUCUCCCGGACGUGGCGCGCUAUUGGAAUCUGGCUCGUUCCUUAUGUAAGUUACGGACGGAUCUUUCAUUAUUACGGAGCAGACUAUUGAAUACGUUAUUACAGACGGUAGUAAUCUAUCUUAUUUUGAAUGAAUGUAUUCCGUGGGCGGAUAAGUUUCCCAGUAGUAUUUGUGAGAGUUGGAAGCGAAAGGGAGUGGUUGAUGAUGACGCGUCAGUAGUCUAUGUUUUGAUAUCCCCAUGGCAUAAACACGUAUAUAUUGGCAGUAUAGCACGUAGCUUGUCCAUACGAUGGAAUGAGCAUGUCUAUAGGGCAACUAGUGACAGGCUGGUCAACGGUGGAACUCGGAAUGAACGACUCUAUAGUUGGCUGCGACGUUGUGGUGUUGAGGGAUACGUGGCAAUUCCUAUACGGUGUUGUACGAUUGAGGAACUGAUUGUUGUUGAAAAGUGUUGUAUUAGAACCUUUUGCCCGGCAUUGAACACUCGUGAUAAACCCAAACGUUGUAG